AUGCGCGAGAUUCAGGACGCCUGGACGGCUGGCAAGGCUGCGGAGAUCCAAGGGAACGCGGACCGCAACAAAUGGAAGAGCUUCUUCUCCGCGAUCAAAGCUGUCUGUGGUCCACCAACCAAAGGCACUGCUCCUCUUCUCAGCGCGGACGGCGUCACCCUCCUCAGUGAGAAGACACAAAUUCUACAAGGGUGAGCUUAGUACUCCUGAGGCGUCCUCAACCGUCCCUUCGCCGUCUCCGAUGCCGCCAUCGCCCGUCUGCUGCAAGUGAAGACCGACGUUGACCUAGACCUCCCGCCCUCUCUCCAUGAAACCACCAGGGCCGUGCAGCAGCUCUCCAGCGGGAAGGCACGUGGAUCGGACGCCAUCCCUGCUGAGGUUUACAAGCACGACGGCCUCCAACUCAUAGAUCAUCUGACUGCAUUCUUCCAGGAAAUUUGGCGUCAAGGAGAAUUCUCACAGAAUUUCAAAGACACCACAAUCGUGCAUCUAUACAAGCGAAAAGCAAACGGCCAGCUCUGCGACAAUCAUCGAGGUAUAUCCUUGCAUGAUAUCGCCAGGAAAAUCUUUCCUCGCAUCCUCCUCAAUCUUCUGAAUAAUCAUCUGGAACAGGGCUUUCUUCCGGAAGGCCAGUGUGGUUUCCGCCGUCAUCGCGGGAUCUUGGAUAUGAUCUUCAUCGCACGUUAA